UCUAGUAGAAAAGUUACAGGAGGAAAGAGAGCGUGCUUGUGCUUUGCCAUUGUGGCUACGGAAAUGUUUCUUAAACUUUUUCUCGUACUUUCUUUGGUCUUAUGUUUUUACGGAACGCUGUCAAAUGGACAGAAGAAGAAAGAGACGCUGCUUUCUGAAAAAGUAGGACAGAUGAUGGACUGGGCAGCCAAGAGAGCUGUGAUCCGAAUGAACGGAGACAAGUUCAGGCGAUUUGUCCGAGCGCCCCCACGCAACUACUCGGUCAUCAUCAUGUUCACGGCCCUGCAGCCUCAGAGGCAGUGUGGAGUGUGCAGGCAGGCAGAUGAGGAAUACCAAAUCCUUGCAAAUUCCUGGCGGUACUCCAGUGCAUUUACCAACAAGAUUUUUUUUGCAAUGGUCGACUUUGAUGAAGGCUCAGACGUGUUUCAAAUGCUGAACAUGAACUCAGCCCCCACAUUCAUCAACUUCCCAGCCAAGGGAAAGCCCAAGCGUGCAGACACCUACGAGCUGCAGGUUCGAGGUUUUGGGGCUGAACAGCUCGCUCGAUGGGUUGCCGACAGAACUGAGGUUCAUAUCAGGGUGAUUAGACCACCAAACUAUGCUGGGCCGCUGAUGCUGGGCUUGCUCCUGGCCCUCAUUGGGAGUUUGGCGUAUGUGCGCCGCAAUAAUCUUGAGUUUCUCUACAACAAAAAUGUCUGGGCUUUCUCAGCACUGUGUUUUGUUUUGAUCAUGACAUCUGGCCAGAUGUGGAACCACAUUCGAGGGCCUCCAUAUGCUCACAAAAAUCCCAGCACUGGUCAAGUGAGUUACAUCCAUGGCAGCAGCCAAGCUCAGUUUGUGGCUGAGACGCACAUCGUUCUUCUGUUCAACGCCGCCAUUACUUUUGGAAUGGUGCUGCUCCAUGAGGCGGCAACUUCCGAUAUGGACAUCGGGAAGAGGAAAGUCAUGUGUAUGGCUGGGAUUGGGCUUGUGAUACUAUUCUUCAGCUGGCUGUUGUCCAUCUUCAAGGCCAAAUAUCAUGGAUAUCCUUACAGUUUCUUGAUGAGUUAAUCAAGAGCUGAAGAAUAUUCCAGUUCCUCAGUGGAAGGUUGACCAUUCAAGAGCCCUUUCUUCAUCAGAAACCUGUCCAGUUCAACAUGCCUUACUGGUUCUCAAUAAUGAGUAGUUUAAUUUCUGUCUGAUUUUCUUUUUGUGUGGUGGUGGUUUUGUUUUUUUUUUUUCUUUUCCUUUUGCGUGCUUUUUUUUUUUUUUAAGAUAAAGUCCACCUGAAUAUUUGACUUGUGUUUUAAACAUUUUAGCAAAAGCAACUGAAGAUUUGUUCCUCUGAAACCUUUGGACAGUAGAUCAGAAGUUUGUGAUGUUUGCUGGUGGCAUUAUUACCCUCCACAGGCUAUGCAGUCCUUCAUUUACCUGUUCCAGCGUUAAAGGUGAAAACUCCAGGUUAGAAGAUACAUGAGGACGAGCACAAUGUUUUCCUUGCUACCUCUGGACUUGUGUAAAUAUUAAGUGUUCCAAAGCCAAACCGAAGCAGUCUGUUAGUGUAGUUGCUUUUCUCUUGGGUAGAGGCUGAGUGUGUGAGUCUCCCAAUCUAUGUCCAGUUCCCUGAAACCGUUGCAAUGUUUAAAGUAUGAUCUUUGUGAUUAGGAUGUCCUGCCUUCCAUUAAUGUUUUAAUCCACCCUUGUCAACUUUCACUCACAGCUCAAAAGUGUGAAUGUCAAGUCAGUUGUGGAUGGAGUAGCAGUGCCCUCAUGGGCUAAUUCUAUCCCUGAAGUCUCCAUCAUUUGUUAGCUCGAUCCCUCAAAGCUGAAACAGGUUUUAUUUGAGCUGAUGAAGUAUUCAAGUUGACAGCAGGUGUUCUUCCAAGUGGAAGUAGAUGAGUGUUUAAAGGUCAUGGGUAACGGUCGGAGGUGAAACGUAGAAUAUCAACUUUAUUGUCUAGAAGAACAACCCAAAAAGUGAAUUCAAUCUUCCUGGUGUCUAAUUUGCACCCUAAAAUUGAAUAAAAUGAUUAAAAUAUACUGUUUUGCCCAAUUUCCGAAGGUUUGUUUACAUCUCACUUAUGUGCACUUUCACCGCCAGGGGACCAUCGUUGUGACGUCGUUUAAGCCAAACAGACUGGGAGCAGCUCUGUGUUUACUUGCGAACUGAGCACAAGUGUACAGACUUUGGUCGUGAGAGGUUGUGUAAAAUGUCUGAAAGCGAUAGUGAUUUUGAAGUAGGAACUCUUCAAAUUAAGUAUCGAGAGGUGAAAUCAUGUACGUAUGAACCUAUGGCUGUUGCGAAGCAAUCAGUGAAUGUGGCUCCACUGGUUUGACCGCGCGGCCUCGGAAUCAGACAGCGACUCGGCCGACUCUGAUCGCGGUGACCCCAGACCUCAACAAGACUUGUGCCCAAACGAUUUAUCCUGGUAGUUAUGAUAAAUUCUUACUUUCGUCAUAAUACUAAAUAAGAGCCCUUUUGAAGAAUAAUUAAACCACCCUCCCUAGUGGAUAUAGGUAACAAUUACUUGACAGUGCGCUGGUAGGCCACAUUAGCCUGCCAUCUGCGGCAUUAUACUAUUUAUAGCCACCUCUAAGCGAGGAAAUAUCCCUUUGUCUCACUUCCACAAUGAUUGUACAGGAUCCCUCAGGAUUCUUGAUUUGUCAGUUGCAAGCAAAAGUAAAAAUGUUUACCUCCAAUCUUCUCCUUUUUGCUUAAGCGUUGCUAGUCUGUUUCUUUGACUGCUUGAUUUUGUUUCACAUGCACAAUCCACUCUCUCCACCUCUUCUCUUCCGGAAAAAGCCUCUGGCUUCACGCACACAAUCCACUCUCUCUCUUUUGGAAAAAGCCAACCGACUCGCUCUGCCUCUUCUCCUUUUUCGGAAAAAGCCAACCCUCUUGCUCCGCCUCUUCUCCUCUUCCAGAAAAAGCCAAUCCACUCUCUUUGCCUCUUCUCCUCUCUUGGAAAAAGGUAAAAACUUCUUCCUGAACCGGUCCCGUUGUUACAGUUCAUUGCACAGCAAUAAGGCAUGUUUUUUCUUUGGAAAUUCCUGAACGCACAUCUGCACUCAAGCUGAAUGGCAAUGUAAGUAAACGGAAGUGGACUCAACUCAAGCAGUUUGUUUGGCUUAAAUGACGUCACGCGCUGAGUGGUCACGAAAAUAGCCGAACAGAAAUUCGCUACGAUCCGCGCUAACUUAUUUUAAUUAUUACUUAUUAACAAUACUUCUUGGAACCAGAAGAAAAUUACAGAGGGUUUUUUAACAUAUAAAGUUUCAAAUGUGCAUAAAAUUAAAACCGUUGCCUAUGAGCUUUAACACAGUAAUGGAACACAGCCCUGGUCUGCUUGUGAAGGAAACGACUGGUAUACCCAUGUUAAAAAUCAAGGUGCUGCUCUGUGUACUGCCUCAGGUGAUGCCAUGUGCCAUUAAAAGUGCCUUAAUUUCCA